CCCAAUACUUUUUAAGAGUACAUCACUGCCCUGAAUUGACGUCACAUUUUAAGAAUUCAUCUCGACAAUGUUUCGUUUGUUUGUUUGUUUCUAAACGCAGCUGAAGAUGUGAUAUGAUUAAAGUUGCUUAUUUGCGAUCUAAAUAAUCUAAUAAUAACAGAUAGCAAACGCAGAGAUCAUUUGAUUUUCCUUUACUCCGCCCUCAGUGGUUUCGUUUCCCACGAGAUCACCGCAACUUACAAAAUCGUUCUCUAACCGCCUCGCUAACGACAGGAACUCCUGCCUUGAUCAUUUUGGUUACUUUUCACCAUGAGUAACAUCACCUCCUGCACAGAACCCCAGACCCUUGUUACCUCAAUUUUAAAGCCUGUUCUCAUUUUGGAGUUCAUCUUUGGGUUGCCUGGAAAUGUGUUUGCUCUGUGGAUUCUGUUCUUCAAGUCUCCAUGGAAAGCCUGCAAUGUGUAUCUAUUUUGCCUGGUGAUAUCUGACCUCCUACUCCUCACCGGGCUGCCUUUCCGCAUAGAUUAUCUCUUUCGUGGUGAGGACUGGAUAUUUGGCGAGUCCUUUUGCCGCCUAAUUUUAUAUAUCAUAUCAGUAAACUACUCAGCAAGCAUGGCUUUCAUGUCAAUUUUAGCUGUGGACCGCUUCUUCAGGAUCCUUCACCCACACCAUCGCAUUUGUCGAAUGAAUGUGAGACAAGCUUUGAUGUUGGCUAGCACGGUUUGGAUGGUUGUUCUAGCACUUCGCCUUCCAACCGCUCUGGACCUGGUUCUCACACCACAGGAAAACUCUUCAAAGUUCACGUGCCACAGUUUUCUCUUAUGGACAUUGCCGUCGGUUCAAAUGAGGAUUUAUACUUCAGUUCAGCUGAUAGAGGUCCUGUUAGCGUUCACACUGGUGGUCUUCUGUUUUGCAAGGGUUUACUUUCACGUCCACGGUCGCCUGUCUAAGGGGGCACACCGCAGGGUGAAGCGGGCAGCAAGACUGCUUCUGUUUCUCGUAAUCAUAUUUGUUUUGUGUUUCCUGCCUACAGUCACUUUUGGCAUCAUCCUUCAAGUGUUUUCCUGUUCGGAAUUCCUCACGGCGUGUUUUCAUGCUUCUUCAGCUUUAACCUACAUGAACAGUGCACUGGAUCCAAUCAUCUACUGCCAUGUCAAUGCUUGGUUUCGUGACACCCUAAAGGGCAAAACCAACUCAUUAGGGCUCACGAAGUUCAAGAUGAGUGCGAAAACGAACAGAAAACGUUAAUCAACCUGGGAAACGGUGCACUGGGGGGUUUCAAAACAUGUCUUAAAGCUAUAGUUCACAUUAAAAUCCAAAUUUAUUUAUUACUUACCUUCACAUGUUGUUGCAUACCAGUAUGACGUUCUUACACUUAAGAUAAAGUUUUCUUAAUAUCUUUUUCGUGUUCUACAACAGUCAUACAGGUUUUUAGAACAACGUGAUUGCGUGAAACGAAAAUAUUAUGUUGCACAAUAUAUUCUUUAUGAUACGGUACACCUUUCUAUAGUUUGUUGUCAUGUUUUCUGCCUGUAACAUGCAUCAAUAAUUGCUUUUUUUUGUAUUAUUACACAGACGUACAAUCUGUACCGCGCCUUUUUUUAUUUAGCAUUUUUCAGUAAAUGUGUGACACACAAUAAAAUACAGCAGAAAUGUA